AUCUCUUCCAUUUCUUCCUUACAGACCGCACUCCGGAUAAGAAUACCUGGAAAUGGAGUCUGCACUCGACCUCGACGACACCCGUGUACUUGGAGCGGCGCAAUCAGUAUCGACGCAGCGAGAUACGCAAUCGCUCGAAAUUCAAGCGGAAGACUGUUUCCAAUUCAACGUCCUUUGAUAGUUUCAAUGAGAUUGCCGAAAACCAGGCAAGCGAGUCGCCGACCAAAACAACAGCUAGCGAUGUGGCAAACGGCGCCAAAUCGACCAAAUCACUGACGCGUACCAACAGCAUUGACGACAAUAUGUUGCCAGCGCUGCACAAACUCGCGGCGGCUAUCAAGAACAAAGGCAAGUCAGACGAAGGUAACGGAUCAGUGAGCACAAUGAAGGCAGAAAACGCUGGCAGCGUGACGGAACUGAAGCCGGAAAAUGAUGCUGCGGACAAGGAGGAGCGAACCUCGUGCAUCUUACGCGACCAACGUCGCAACGCUUGCGCCUCACCCAAGUCACCGCUAUUCGGCUUGAAGGCAUUAAAAGAGCGCAGCAAGUCGGUGCCGCGCAUCAGUUUCCAAUGCGAGGAAUUAGAUGAAGAACACGAGUCACUGCAUGGUAGCAACACAAAUCUUGACACGCGAAAAUCCAAGUCCAGCAAGUCGAUUGAGGUGAAGCAAUACAACAACAAAACUAUACCGAAGCGCAUAGCAACGCUGAAGAAGCAGCGCACCGGCAAAACUAAGGAGACGUGCAAGUUCUACAUGGAUCUAAGUGAGUUCGAUGAUGCGCCCAAAACAGAGCUCAAGAUCACCGAGUCCACGGAGAAUCUGCAAGUGGAGGAUAAGAAGUUACACGUGAGCGAACAGAAGGAUGUUCAAACGGUGACGCAAAAUCUGGACAGCAUACAAAUGCAGUUGGAAAAGCAGUGCGAGGAGCUGCUGUCAACGCUGAAGAAGAAAGAUGCCGACAUUAUAUUGGAUUUGUUGAAACAGAAUAAAGAGUUCGAGCGCAUGGCGAAGAAAAAACAGCAGCGCAAGCGUGCGGCCGAACAUGGCAUAGGCGCCGGUAGUGGCAGCGGUAGCGGAAGCGGCAGCGGUAGCGCAGCAGGUAGCCCUGAGUCGUCUGACUAUCCAUUGAUUAAUGAGUUGCCGCCACGUCCGCCAUCGCGCUCACCACCACCACUCGAGCCUGAGAGCAGACGUGCCAUGGCCAAUGAUGCGACUCCUACAACGCCGGUUGAAGAAGAUGAGGAGCCAAUUUACGAGUCACUGCUGCGCAACGUACACGUUCCUUACAAGUUCUCACCGGUGAUGGCGCGCUCCAAGUCAGCGCAGCACUGUAAGCCGCGUGAAAAGAAAGCACCGCCGGCGCCACGUCCCGAGUCGGACUAUGUUACAUUGGUGUACUCACCAGAGGGCGCACUACAGCAAGUGGGUGGCGAGGUGGUCGCGGAGCGUGCUAGCUGUGGCGAGACACAACUGCGUCGCGACAUCCCGGACGCGGCACAAGAACAACGUGACAGCACGAGUUCGUCCACCUCCACCUCCACCUCCUCCUCUUCUACGUGCACGCUAAAACGCGACAGUCAGAGCACUGUUAUUAAUGUUGAUUGCUCUUCGGCAGGCAAUAUAUCAAUGAUCUCUUAUACGACUUGCAACUCCAACAGCGAAGCUAUUUAUGCGCGCCCCAUACCAAAGAACUUAAUGAAGCGCCUCUUCAGCACCGGCGCCCAUAGCGCUACCACACUCGGCUUGGCUAACAAAUGCGCUCACGAAAAUAUAUCCUCCUCGCAUAAUUCAUUGCUGCCGCGCGCGCGUAAAUCCAUCGACAAUAUUGCGCUCAGUUUUGGACGAUCAAACAAGCCGCCCGAGCGACGCGUCUCCGAUGUAACGGAAAUGUGUCGGCAGAGCAUAUUGCAUCGACAGGGUAGCGAAGCGGUGGGUGAGCGCAUGGCGCACGUUGAUUACGCAGACCCGCGCACGCUAUUCACCGUAAGCGUCGCCACUUCUGACGCAUCGUUGCAACGCGACUCGGUGUUCUCGCUCACUUCAUCCAAUGACAGCAUGUGCGAUCACAAGCGCGCCGCUGGUACAGCGCCCAGCAGUGAUGGCGCUAACUCUGACUUUGUGUACGAGGAUAACGUCGAAGCCUGCCUGGAGAAUGAUUUCCGAGACUCGGCUAUCUACAGCGAUGACAAUGAAAAACGCACAGACUAUGAAUUGGGCGAUGGCGUCAAGCGACCCAACAGUCCACCUCCACCACCGCCACCCGCACGUAAUCGCACCAACCCCGAAGUGCCACCAAAGCCGACUGGUAUACCGCGCGUGAACAUCAGCAAGACAUCGCCGCGCAAGGAGAUGCCACCAUCGCCGUUGAGUGCGGCUGAGGCGCACUGCCUUGGCGGUAAGCCGAGCAGCGUUGUAAUUUGUCCGCCACACAUGAGCGCCGCAGCGUCGCGCAGUUGGGUGUUGCAACAAAUCGACAACUUCAAUAAGUAAAGGGAGCUGAUUUCGGCUGUUGGCUGUUGAAGACUUGUGCAGUUCGUUGCCAUAAAAUAAAUCUAAAACAUUUGGUAGAUCUGAAUUUAAAUAUACUGAAGAAAUAUGGAAAAUACAAUUUCAUUGGUUGAAUAGAGCAAAAAAUUCUAUAGUAGGAAAAUGUAUUAAAUUAAAAAGUUAUUCAAAUUUUACUGAGCAUUUUGUUAACUGUUAAAUGUCAAUAUGCCUACAGUAUAUUUUUACUUUCUACAUACUUGAAGCCACAUUUAAAAAUUAUACUUAAAUAAACAACGAUAGAACGUUUUUACAAAAACUUACAUAUUAUCCAUACACUCGCUCGCAUUUGUACAUUUUGUAUAGCAUUUAAAUUAUUUUAUUUUUUAUUAGAGUUUAAAGGCCAAACGCUCUGAGUUCGCUGCUUUUAUUGUGCAUUAGUAUUAAAUAGUAUACCUAAAAAUAUGUAUGCAUUUUAAUUAUAAAGCUUUUUCUUAUUUUGAUAUACUUUUUGUUAUUGUCUGAUACAGAACUUAUAUUUGCUUUUAAGUGAAUAUAUAAAAAAAAUCGCAUAACUAAAAAAUUUCGACAUAACCGAUCGAUACGGAAAUAUCUGACGCACAUUCAUAUAUAUAUACGCGUUUACCGCGAAAAAUGAAUAAACUUAAUAAAAUAUCGAUUGUAUUUGAUAUUUGCUGUUUUUAAGAGAUUUGUAAUUCGAAAAAAUUUAAAAAAAGAACUCACAUACUUAUGUAUUUAUAAACAUAUUUA